UGAAUCAAAUGUGAAAUGUGAAUGGUGAUGCGAAUUCCGUCGAUUGAAUGCAAAUCCCGUGUCGUGUAAUUUGUGAACUGUGGUUUGCUCGGUAAUGCAGUGUUUGUCGAUAAAAAGAUUUUCUCGAUUUACUAUACAUCUCAUAUUAGGCUUAAAUGAAUUUUAUUUAAAAGAAAACUUGGAUAACAAUUAAUUAGUACUUAAUUAUGGCACUACGGAGUAGCAGCCAGCUAAUUCCGCGGUACUUAUUUUGACUUAUCGACGGUGGAGUGCCAUUUGGGAGUGCAGGAUGCCGAUCGCACCGCGUGGCCCUCCGCACAUCUCGCUACCCUACCGCCAGCGAUAUGAAAGACCAAUACUCAAGUGUCCUUAGUAAAGUGUAACUUUUGUACGCCUCUUUUACUCCGACCUUAUAAGUAUAAGUAGAACGUGUUAGUGUAAGUGUCGUGCGCGUGUGUGUAUAUGUGUGUCGAUGGUGUGGCCGACAUGGGAAAAUCCUCAGCGAGAACACAUGGCCAAGACAAUGAAAGAAGAAUCAAAGCAAAUAAUCGAGAGUACAAUGCGCAGUUCCGCUAUGCCAACAACUACAUCAAAACGUCAAAGUACUCGAUAGUAACGUUCCUGCCGUUGAACCUGCUGGAGCAGUUCCAGCGGCUAGCCAACUUCUAUUUCCUCUGUCUGCUGGUGCUGCAGUUGAUACCGGCCAUCUCCUCGCUGACACCCAUAACUACUGCCAUACCACUUAUUGGUGUACUGGCGCUGACUGCUGUCAAAGACGCUUACGACGACUUUCAAAGACAUCAAAACGAUUCUCAAGUAAACCACCGGCGAGCGAAGACACUCCGCAAUGGCAAACUGGUGGAGGAAAAGUGGGCGUCUGUUCAGGUGGGAGACGUCAUCAGGCUGGAGAACGACCAGUUCGUUGCUGCGGAUAUCCUGCUCCUCAGCAGCUCGGAGCCCAACGGCCUCUGCUAUAUCGAGACCGCUGAGCUGGAUGGGGAGACGAAUUUGAAAUGUCGUCAGUGCCUUUUGGAGACGGCUGCCAUGGGGCAGGAUGACGCACAACUGGGUGCCUUUGAUGGCGAAAUUGUCUGCGAGACGCCCAACAAUUUACUUAAUAAGUUUGAAGGCACAUUAAGUUGGCGCGAUCAACAUUUCUCGUUGGACAACGACAAAAUACUGUUGCGGGGCUGCGUGUUGCGUAACACGUCGUGGUGCUACGGUGUUGUUGUUUUCGCUGGUAAAGACACUAAGCUGAUGCAGAACUCUGGGAAGACCAAAUUUAAACGCACCAGCAUAGAUAGGCUACUUAAUUUUCUUAUUAUAGGGAUAGUUUUGUUCCUGCUGUCAAUGUGCGUUUUCUGCACGGUGGCAUGUGGGAUUUGGGAGUGGUUGGUGGGACGCUACUUCCAGGCGUACCUCCCGUGGGAUACGCUCGUACCAGCCGAGCCAGCAUCCGGCGCAGCCGUUAUAGCGAUAUUAGUUUUCUUCUCGUAUGCCAUUGUAAUGAAUACCGUGGUGCCCAUAUCGCUAUAUGUAUCUGUUGAGGUGAUAAGAUUUGCGCAAAGUUUUCUAAUUAAUUGGGAUGAGAAGAUGUAUUAUGAAAAGACUGGGACUGCAGCGAAGGCGCGGACCACUACUUUAAAUGAAGAGCUGGGUCAAAUCCAAUACAUAUUUUCGGAUAAGACGGGUACGCUGACACAGAACAUAAUGACGUUCAAUAAAUGUUCCAUAGCGGGUAUUUGUUACGGCGACAUUGUGGAUGAGACCACGGGUGAAACCAUCGAACUGACUGAUCGUCGCAGCGGGGCGGGUGGCGCGGCCUUGGGAACAGUGCGCGCUCGUCUCUUGGACCUUGAAGUCGAGGAGGGCCGCAGUACGCCCGCUGCGAGCACGCCCGCACAUCGCAACGCGCACAGCACAGAACCUUUAGACUUCUCGGACAAUCCGGAGUACGAGCCGGAGUUCAAAUUCUUCGACUCGAAACUAUUGAAAGCCGUGAAGCAGGGCGAUCACAAUGUUUAUGAUUUUUUUCGUCUCCUUGCGUUAUGUCACACCGUAAUGCCGGAACAAAAGAAUGGACGUCUCGAAUACCAAGCGCAGUCACCGGACGAAUCCGCGUUAGUUUCAGCUGCGAGGAACUUCGGCUUUGUAUUCAGAGAACGAUCGCCUAAUACUAUUACUAUAGAAGUUAUGGGUAAAACAGAGGUGUACGAGUUGUUGUGUAUAUUAGAUUUUAAUAAUGUAAGGAAGCGAAUGUCAGUGAUAUUGAAAAAAGAUGGUGAAAUUAGGUUAUAUACUAAAGGUGCUGAUAAUGUAAUCUAUGAGAGGUUAAAACAUAAUUGCCAGGAAGAAGUCAAGGCUAAAACACAAGAGCAUUUAAAUAAAUUUGCGGGUGAAGGACUCCGUACACUAGCACUCGCGUGGCGGCCUCUCGAAGAGCGGGGCUUCGCCGAGUGGAAGAGACGGCAUCAGGCCGCCGCCUUGGCCUUGAGGGAUCGGGAUGAACGUCUUGACGCCAUUUAUGAGGAAAUCGAGACUGAUUUGAUGCUUAUGGGCGUCACAGCUAUAGAAGACAAAUUACAAGAUGGCGUGCCAGAGACAAUAGCAAACCUGAGCAUGGCUGGAAUGAAAUUAUGGGUGUUAACCGGUGACAAACAAGAGACAGCAAUAAACAUCGGCUAUUCGUGUCAGUUAUUGACAGAUGACAUGGCAGAAGUGUUUGUGAUUGACGGAUCUUCGCACGAUGACGUUGAUCGACAAUUGGCCAAGUGCAGAGAUUCGAUACGAGUUGUCAACACGUUCUUGCCGCAUGGCAGCACAGACCCAAAGAGCGAAACCCUGAACGGUGGUGGUGGCGUCUCCCGUCCGUCCCCUGGUCGUGCGGCCAACGUGAAGCUGAAUGCGCCAGCCGUCUCCGUCGUCACAUUUAGGUGGGAAACUAACUCUCUAGCACACAGCAACGAAUACGCGUCCGGAGGCGGUCCGUACAGUGCGGAUACGCACGAGCACAAUAAUGAUGACUCAAAUGGAUUCGCGAUCGUUAUUAACGGACAUUCCCUCGUUCACUGUUUACAUCCCAAGUUGGAAGAAAAGUUUCUGGACGUAGUCCUUCAAUGUCGGUCGGUGAUCUGUUGCCGAGUGACGCCUCUGCAGAAGGCGAUGGUCGUGGAACUUAUCAAGAAGAGCAGAAAAGCUGUCACAUUGGCCAUAGGCGACGGUGCAAAUGAUGUAUCCAUGAUCAAGGCGGCCCACAUAGGCGUUGGCAUAUCGGGACAGGAAGGAAUGCAAGCAGUGCUUGCGUCAGACUACUCCAUAGCGCAGUUCCGUUUCCUCCAACGGCUCUUAUUGGUCCAUGGCAGAUGGUCUUAUUACAGAAUGUGCAAGUUUCUACGGUACUUCUUCUACAAAAACUUUGCGUUUACCGUCUGCCACUUUUGGUUCGCGUUCUUUUGUGGAUUCAGUGCACAGACGGUGUUCGACGAAAUGUUCAUAUCAGUAUACAACUUGUUCUACACGUCACUUCCGGUGUUAGCGUUGGGCGUGUUCGAGCAGGACGUGUCUGACGUGACCUCUCUUCAAUUCCCGAAGCUUUACGCUCCGGGGCACACGAGUGAGCUUUUCAACAAGACGGAGUUUAUCAAAUCCACUUUGCACGGCUGUUUCACUUCGCUCGUGCUGUUUCUUAUACCGUAUGGUACUUAUAAAGACGGAUUGGCUCCAGAUGGCAAAAUACUAUCGGAUCAUAUGCUCCUGGGAAGUGUCGUAGCCACCAUAUUAAUUAUUGACAAUACUACACAAAUAGCUUUAGACACGACGUAUUGGACGAUGUUCAACCACGUGACGAUUUGGGGGUCACUGGUGUCCUACUUUGUCCUCGACUACUUCUACAACUACGUCAUAAGAGGGCCUUACGUAGGGUCUCUCACGGUGGCUCUCACUCAGGCCACUUUCUGGUUCACCGCUGUACUUACUAUGAUGAUCCUCAUGGUGCCGGUGGUGUCGUGGCGCCUGGCGUGGUCCCGCCGCCGGCCCACUCUGGCCGAGCGCCUCCGAGCAAGGACCCGCUGGCGCCGCUCGGCCGCCGCCCCCGCUCCGCGCACGCCCUCCGCCCGCCGCGCUCGCCGCUCCGUCCGCUCGGGCUACGCCUUCGCCCACCAGGAGGGCUUCGGUCGGCUCAUCACCUCCGGCAAGAUCAUGCGCCGCAUCCCCCACGCCGACGCGGCCCUCUCGGCGCUGGCCUCUCUCCCGGGCAAGUUCCACGCCCGGCCCCCGAGUCCGGCCCCCUCGCCCCCCUCGCCCUCCUCGCCCCCCACUCCACCCUCGCCCCGCGCGCCCAAGCAGGACCUCGACUCGGUGGACUUAUGAGAGGCCCGGCCGGCCUUCGAUCUCCCCUCCGCAGCCGUCGCGCGCGAUGUUUGUAAAUAGACCGAGUUACAAACCGUCAUUUUUUUAAUAGACGGCAUAAUGUCGUCGAAACUCGUAUUGUGAUAAUGUUAAUAGUUAAUGCGUAUAUUAUUGCCUAUAAAUUAUAUUUGUUGAUCGAGAGUAUAUAUUGAUAGAUAUUUAUCGUACGUACUAAGAUUACUCUUUUAUAUCGAAAGGUAGUUCUCCCGUUUCCUCGACCGUAGUUCCGUCGACGGUCGACGUCGAAUAAAUUCGAAUUUUAGUUUUGUCCAUACUUUAUUGUUUCUCCUUAUGAUUAGGCCCACUCGCUAAGUCCAUCGGUUAGGUUUUUAGUUGAUCACUCCACUGAGCUUGAAUGUUUUGGAAGCUUUUAAUUAUGAUUAUUGUCGUCUGUGUCUGGAUCUUAGUAAAAUGUGCAUUUAAAAUAUCAUCAAUGUAGUGUGUAGUUAAAGUAGAUACACAUGAAGAGCGGUUGCGAUGUGUGUGCGUAUACUUCUGCUGUGCUAUGAGAAAACUAUUUAAAUAAAACGUCAGUAUUUAAAACAUAAUUUACGUGAUGUGAUAUUGACAUUUUUUAUUGCAUUUUUGCGUCUAUGUUAUGAACAUUCAUGUGUCAUUUUAACUACACGCAUAUAUGAUCGAUAUUUGCUUUGGUAUCAAUCUUUUUAAUAAAAGUUACUCUCCUAA